CUCGCUCGCUCGCUCGCUCGCUCGCUCGCUCAUCACGCGCUGCGCCGUCGCCAUCACUCUGGCACACACACAGUUACGAGGCGGCUACGACGCACACACACACACACACACACGCGCCGCCCCCGCCCCCACCGCACACGGCCAGCCAUCUAGCCGAACACGCCAGGCCGCACCGCACCACCGACCUUCCCUCCGGCUGCAGCAGCGCCCAACGCUACAUCAUCUUCCUUUGCGCCCAUCACACCAACACGCACGCACAACACCCACCACCGCGUCCCCUGUCCACGCCCACACGAGCAAGCCAAGCAACAGCAGUGCAACACACACCGCCGACGACCACGUCCGCCGGCGCCGAGCAGGCCAUCGCCCCCGGCCGUUGCUCAACGGCAAGCCCAGGCCAGCCAGGUCUGCCAGCAAGCCAAGCCGCAGUAGCGUAACCUUCCCCCAUCUCACCUGCGCACCCAGGUCAUGUCCCGCCCGUCAUCUUCGUACCACGCUCCCCCCCAACGUGACCCCGAAGACGACUUCUCCCUCCCCCUCUUUGCAUCGCAGCAGCUGCCAUCCCAGCCCCAGCUCCCGACCGUUCUCCACCCCCGACUCCCAGCUGCUGCUGUUGCUGCCCCUCCUCCCCCCGGACCGCCGCGCUCUCCUCAGCGCGCUGCGCAGCUGCCCCCAACCACAGGGCAGUACCCGCAGCAGAGCUACUCGUCGCCGUCUACGCUCACGCCCACCUCGGCGUCGUCGUACCUUGCCGCCGCGGCCUCAAACGGUGCUCCGCCAGCCAUUGCCCAGCGACAGACCAUGCACUUUCCGGCUUAUGGCGCCGCAGCGACCUCGUCCUACCCGGACGAGAUCAUGACCUCGCCCCCGAUGCCAUCGUCGGCAAGCGGUGCCCUGGGAUCGCUUGCCCGCAGCGCGUCGCUGGGCACGGCGCGGAGAAAGGAUCCCUUUUCGUAUCCUUCCGGCGAUGUCGAGAGCGGCAUGGGCGGAGACUGGUCUGGCGGCUAUCCGGCUGGUCCCAUCACUCAUCUGCGCCCCACCCAACAGAUGCCCCAGGCGCGCGUUAACAAUCAGCCCGUCGACCGCAACGCAGACGUCCCCAUGUCACCAGGGUCCGGAUCUCGAUCAUAUGGUGGUCACCAGUCGUCACAGUCAAUGCCCCCGCCCCCGCUGCCCUCGCUUGGUCGCGCACUUCCUUCGGCGUCGAGUCCUGGUGCAAUCUCGCAACAGCUCCCAUCGCAGCCGCCAAGCCAGCCUCCUUCAAACCCAUACGUUCCUCGCGGCGUCGAAGGCGGCCCCCCACCUCCCGCCGACUCUUGGCUUGGCUACCGCCGCGCCAGCUCGCACCCUUCCCCCGAUUCGGUCUCGCCUCUCGGCGCUAGCCCCCACUCGCCCGCCCUUCCAGUCUCCUAUGGCGACCCGUCGCCGCACCUCCUCACGCCUCAAGGAACGACAAACAACCUCCCAGGCUCGCCGCGACAGCCCUACAUGUCGUCCCCAGCGCGCGAGACGGCUUCUCCCCAUCGCUCAGCCCCCUCCGCCUUCCCAUCGCACGUCCACCGUUCACAGUCCUUUGCGGCCAGCCAGCCCGUAACACCGUCUGGCAGGUACGACCACCCCUCGGUGCCCCCGCCCCAUAGCUCCAGCGGCGGCCAGAGCCCCUCAAGUCAAGGCUUCCGCCCUGUUCACAGCUGGUCUGAUCUGAGGCCCGUUGUCAACGCUCAUCCUCAAGGUCGGAGGGCGGACCCCAACUCGCCGGGCGCGUACUUGAGUCCCAUGAAGUGUCUCACCCAGCACCUCCCCCAAACCUACACACUUUGUAACCCGACCUUCAAGUACGAGUCUUCGGAUAACCCCCGCCGUGUCCUCACGAAGCCGAGCAAGCCGACCUGCAAUGACGGCGCCGACAACGAGGACUGGGACUACAUUCUCUACGUCAACGACGUUCUCGGUGGCGAGCAUGGUGGCGACAGGUAUCUCAUUCUCGAUGUGCUGGGACAGGGAACGUUCGGUCAGGUGGUCAAGUGCCAGAACAUGCGCACACACGCAAUCUGCGCCGUAAAGGUCGUCAAGAAUAAGCCCGCUUAUCUCAAUCAGAGUAAGAUGGAAGUUGCAAUUCUCAACCUUCUCAACAAUGAUCACGACCCUCGAGACGAACACCACAUUCUCCGCAUGUACGACUCGUUCACACACAAGAACCACUUGUGUCUGGUAUUCGAAUGCCUGUCAUCGAAUCUGUACGAGCUCAUCAAGCAAAACCAGUUCAAGGGCCUCAGCCUCCAGCUUGUCCGAGUCUUUACUCAACAGCUGCUCGAGUGUCUCGCGGUGCUCAAGGACGCAAGACUAAUUCAUUGCGACCUGAAGCCAGAGAACAUUUUGUUGAAGUCCCUGCAAUCCCCGCAGAUCAAGGUCAUCGACUUUGGUUCAGCCUGCCACGAACUCCAGACCGUCUACACGUACAUCCAGUCCCGAUUCUACCGCUCCCCAGAGGUUCUUCUCGGACUGCCGUACUCUACGGCCAUCGACAUGUGGUCCCUUGGCUGCAUCGUCGUGGAGCUCUUCCUCGGUCUCCCCAUCUUCCCCGGAACGAGCGAGUACAACCAGGUAUCCAGAAUCGUAGACAUGCUUGGGUUGCCUCCACAACACUUGCUCGAGAUGGGCAAGCAGACAAACGAGUUCUUCAACUUUGUCGGAGUGGACGCGCAGGGACGCAAGCAGCACAAGCUCAAGCCCAUGGAGCAGUACUCCAGCGAGCACCGUACCAAGGAGCAGCCAAGCAAGCAGUACUUCAAGCAAACAAAGCUUCCCGACAUUGUCAUGGAAUACCCAUACACAAAGAAGAACGCAAAACCAUCAGAUGUCGACAAAGAAAUGGGCCAGCGUCGGGCUUUCAUCAACUUUGUAGAAGGCCUUUUGAACCUCGACCCUAUUAAAAGGUGGUCGCCGCAGCAGGCUGCGAAGCACCCAUUCAUCACAGGCGAAAAGUAUGCAGGUCCUUUCGAGCCUCCCUCCGUGCCGUCAAAGCGCGCAAACUCUACUUCAUCCAUCACCUCAACGUCGCAGGCGUCGCCUACAACGCCGUCCGGCUCGAAGAAGUAUGGUGGCUUGGUGCAGAGUCCCUCAGCGAACAGGGGCCAGCGAGUCUACUCGGACGCAGCCGCGUACAACCAGCAGCUUGUGCAGCACCAGUACCAAACGGCGCAAGCACAAGCAGCUCAGAAUGCUGUUCGCCCUGGCCCCUUCUCGCCAGGCUACGAUGCCCAGCAGCAACAACAGCAGCAGCAGCAGCAGCAACAGGCAUACACCAAGCCUCGUGUGGUCAGCCAGCAUGCACCCCCACCACCAUCAUGGCACCAGCCCAUGGGGCCACCUGCACCGCAGCAGACGUACCACCCACGACUGCCAAGCGGGUCUCAUGCCCAAACCCUUCGGCCGAACCCUCCCCCGUCCAUCAACGCACCGACGAUCCCGCCGCCCAACUCCUACUUCCCAGCCUCACGGAAUCGCGCCAACACCAUCAACCAGAUGGAUGCUAUCCCGCCGGCCCUGGCUCGCCUCACCAACCUGGGCGCGCCAGAUCCGUCAGGAAAUCGCAGUUCACUCACUCCUGUCCUCCAUCGCGAGGACAUGCUCGAGUCCUGGGAGCGAAGGCAGCAAGGCGGCGUUCACAAGCACUCCAGCUUGCACAACACGACUUAUGCCCAGCUCGAGUACUUGCAAGAGCAAGCCGAGUUGGUCAACAUGGGACAGCAAGGAUACGUCAUGCCAGGGCAGUACCAUGGCCAUCACGGACAUCAUGUUCCUUCGGCCUCGACGUCCAUCAGCCACCACCGAGGGUCGCAGUCGUUCUCUGGCACACAGGCGUACCAGAUGCAGCCGCCCAUCGGAGCGGCGCAGCAGCGAGAUUAUCGACCCAGAGCGCCGCCAAUCCAGCUGCAAGCGACGUCCGACUACGACCCACCUGGUUCGACGCCAUCGAGUUCGAGGACAUAUCUGCCUGCCUUCCCGCCCCCGGUCGCGACCAACCAGCCGCCAGCAGCUUCGUUUGACGCCUUUGACACGCGCGAUCCGUCAUUGGGACUCAUGUACACGCCGUUGCAGCCGACCCAGGCCGCAGCGGGAAGCGCACAAUACGGCUACAGCCCUGGCCACGCCGCUAGAUCGAGCUUUUCAGGGCCAUACAACACGGCUCAGGCAGGCGUGAGAAACCCGUUCGCUCCAGGACAGGCCCCCAAUUCCCCGAGACGUUAUGGCGGCAGUGGUAGUGGAGGCGCAAGUUAUGGUGGGGCCUAG